AUGAAGGAUCUUUCUGCACAAAAUAUUUCAUUCACAGACUUUAAGCUGAUUGGUUUCUACAGCUUAGGAGAAUGGAGGCCAUUUUUAUUUAUUCCAUUCUUUCUGAUGUUUUUAUUGGCUAUCACAGAAAAUUCUAUUCUCAUAUAUUUAAUCAAAUCUCAAAAGUCUCUUCAUUCUCCUAUGUACGUAUUAAUAGGUGUUAUGGCAGUUUUAGACUUGAUCUUACCAAUAUUUUUUGUACCUAACAUGCUUCUUAGCUUUUUAUUCAAUUGGAGUGGCAUAUCUCUGACUGGUUGUUUGAUACAAAUGUUUGGCAUUCAUUUUGUUGGAGCAUUUCAAUCUACUUUGCUUUUGUGGAUGGCACUGGAUCGUUACUUUGCAAUAUGCAAACCACUUAAUUAUCAUAAAUACAUGGAAAUUGCUAACUUUUCAAAAUUUGUUUUUGUGCCAUUAAUCAGAAAUGGAUUUCUGAUGGUCACUAUGGUCUCUUUAGCAGGAAAACUGACAUUUUGUAGAAAUAUGAUCGAUCACUGUUUAUGUGAGCACAUGGCAUUGGUUCAGUUAGCCUGUGGAGAUAUAUCUGUUAAUAACAUUGUAGGACUUCUGUCUGCUUUCAUAAUCCCAACUACUGAUUUUAUUCUCAUUACAAUUUCAUAUGUUGUGAUUUUUACCUCUGUGUUUAGAUCUGGUAAGGCUCAUUUUAAGGCCAUAAAUACCUGCAUUACCCACAUCAUUGUUAUGACACUUAGUUUGACUUCUGCCUUGAUUGCAUUUAUGUCCUACAGAAUAAGGAGUAAUGUUUCUUCUAGCAACCGUACAUUUAUGAGCAUAAUAUACAUUAUGUUUCCAAGUUGUUUCAACCCAAUAAUCUAUGGGUGGAGAACAAAAGAAAUAAGACAAACGUUUCUCAAAUUUAUAAAGAAAAGAAAGAACUAUGAUGUGGGGAACUGGGAAUUGCUGGCCAUGAAAGCAGCUUUUGAGGAGUGGCAGCACUGGCUAGAAGAAAAAAAACAUCCCUUCCUGGUCCUGACAGAUCAUAGAAAUCUAGAGUAUCUUCACAUGGCCAAAAGACUCAAUCUCAGACAGGCCAGACCGAUUACCCUUGUGUCAAACCCCAUUGCCUUGCCCACUACUUAUCACAUCACUCCCACCUUUCACGUGUCUCUGUUGAAGCCUGCUGGUGGACCAAGAGGGCAGGAGGAAGAGGACAGUGACCAGGUCCCCCACUACCCCGUGUGCCUUGUCCCUUGUUAG